AUGCGGUCGACGUGGCACUGGGAAGAGCGGCGCGCGGCGCCCCGACACGACGUCACCACCGACGUUCUCGAUCACCUUCAACGGGAUGCAGCAUUUGCCUCGUGGCUUCAUGCCAAGCAACGCGCCAAAGCGUUGCCAGCGCCCGAGGUCGACAAACCCCGAACCGACGCCGCCGAGAUCGAAGCCAACUUUCAACAAUGGCUUCAAUCCAAGCCCAAGAGACCACCGCCUUGUGCUACAGACGCUGCACCCGCGUUCAAGCCGCGGUUCGAUCCGCGGCGACUGAAGCCAGCUACGGCAGCUGGACCGCCGCCGGCACCGACCACGAACUCCAAGGUGACCCAGCACGCGCCGGCGCAAGUCGAUGCGGCGUAUCGGCUGUGGCUCAAGCGCAAGAAAGCCGAGGAUAAAGUGCGACGCGCUGCGGCGCGGGACGCAGCUCGACGCGCCGAGGCCGAGCGAGCGCGACUGCACCGCGACAAAUGGACGCGCAAGCUCGUGGUCCUCGCGUACGCGAGAGAUGCGUGA